GCACGCGCAUCGGUUCUCAAUAUAAGUAGCCUUACAGUACUCUCCUUCCGCUACCGCGUCCCCUUCAGGGCUCUCUCCACCUCUCGCUAACCAGUUUGUCAAUAUGCCAUCCUCUCCCUCAGUGUUCAACACGCCUUUGACGAGGCAAUUCAAUAUCAACCAUCCUGUCAUGCUUGCCGGGAUGAACGUCGCCGCAGGACCGAGGCUCGCUGCGGCAGUUACAAAUGCUGGUGGCAUCGGCGUGAUAGGCGGCAUCCAUUAUAGCCCCAAAGUGUUACAGCAGGCCAUCGACGAACUGAAGAGUUACCUGGAGGACAAGAAUGCUCCUUUCGGUGUUGAUCUAGCUCUCCCGCAAAUAGGAGGGAAUGCACGGAAAACUAACUAUGACUACACGAAAGGGCACUUGCCCGAGUUGAUCGACAUCAUCAUCAAGAACAGAGCGUCCCUCUUCGUUUGCGCGAUUGGCGUACCUCCGAAGGAUGUUGUUAACAAAUUGCAUGCGGCGGGAAUCGUUGUGAUGAACAUGGUGGGCCAUCCUAAGCAUGUCCCCAAAGCCUUGGCCAAGGGCGUGGAUAUGAUAUGCGCACAGGGUGGUGAAGGCGGAGGACACACCGGUGAUACACCGUUCUCGGUCCUCAUUCCCGCAGUUGUGGACUCGUGCAGAAACGCAAAGAGCCCACUCACAGGCAAACCUAUCAUUGUCAUCGCAGCAGGCGGAAUUGCAGACGGACGUGGUCUAGCAGCCGCUCUAACGUAUGGGGCGGAUGGAGUCUGGGUGGGCACACGAUUUGUAGCGAGUGUGGAAUCAGGCGCUCCCAAAAUCCACAAGGACCUCGUGGUGUCCGCCGGAUACGACGAUGUAACCCGAACCCUCGUCUAUUCCGGUCGGCCCCUCAGCGUCAGGCGUACACCUUACGUUGCCAGUUGGGAGUCCCGGCAACAAGAAAUCGCCGAGCUCACCUCGCAAGGCAAAAUCCCCCACGAAGAGGAAAUGGCGAAGCAUCCUGAGAAGUUGCCAGAGGGGCGUGAAUGGCUGAUGGGAAAGGUCGCUGGUUCCAUACGCGACGUCAAGCCUGCUAAGGAGAUCGUCGAUGAACUUGUCGUCAUGGCUGCUAGAAGUCUGCAGAACGCCAAUGCAUCGAUUAUACCCAAAUCCAAGUUGUAAAACGUAAUAUUGAAUCGGGAUGUAGCGGCAUCGAGGACAAAUUCUGGGCGGUGGAUCAAACCUCAGAUGCUUUCUACGCAUAUGUAUGUACAAUAUACGAAUACAAUGUAACUGUGGUUGCUUCAGAUCGUACGGAUUUACAAAGGAACAGAU